GGUGUGGCUGUUUGCCUGACUUCAGACACCCCGGAUCUCCCGGAGGGAAGUCAGGGCCCAAGGCGCUCCGCAGUCCAGCUGGGGAAGCUUGGGGCUGUAGGCCCGCGAGUGAACGUGAGCAGGUAACCCAGGCCGCGCAGCCAGACGGAAGCGGAGACCUAGAACCGAGAAGCCCACGUGCCGAAGCGGAAGACUAGAGCUCCCGGGAAUGGCCUAGCCAGCGCCUUCCCCUCUCCAGCUCCCUGCUGCCGCGCGGCUCCUCCCACCCUGGGCUCCUCCCGCCCUACUCCCGCCUCCCCGGCCGGUUAGGCCAAUGGGCGGGACGCGCGGGCAAGGCGAGGGGGGCGGGGCCCAUGGUCUGCGCGCAGGUGCCGCUCGGCGCCCGGCCCGCCCGUUCCGCCGCUGUCGCCGCCGUCGUGCGUGCCGCUCGGCGGAGGGGACGGGCCUGCGUUCUCUCCUCCUUCCUCCCCGCCUCCGGCUGCCGGCAGGACCUUUCUCUCGCUGCCGCUGGGACCCCGUGUCAUCGCCCAGGCCGAGCACGGAAAUCUACUUUCUUCAAUGUGUUAACCAAUAGUCAGGCUUCAGCAGAAAACUUCCCGUUCUGCACUAUUGAUCCUAAUGAGAGCAGAGUACCUGUGCCAGAUGAAAGGUUUGACUUUCUUUGUCAAUACCACAAACCAGCAAGCAAAAUUCCUGCCUUUCUAAAUGUGGUGGAUAUUGCUGGCCUUGUGAAAGGAGCUCACAAUGGGCAGGGCCUGGGGAAUGCUUUUUUAUCUCAUAUUAGUGCCUGUGAUGGCAUCUUUCAUCUAACACGUGCUUUUGAAGAUGAUGAUAUCACGCACGUUGAAGGAAGUGUAGAUCCUAUUCGAGAUAUAGAAAUAAUACAUGAAGAGCUUCAGCUUAAAGAUGAGGAAAUGAUUGGGCCCAUUAUAGAUAAACUAGAAAAGGUGGCUGUGAGAGGAGGAGAUAAAAAACUAAAACCUGAAUAUGAUAUAAUGUGCAAAGUAAAAUCCUGGGUUAUAGAUCAAAAGAAACCUGUUCGCUUCUAUCAUGAUUGGAAUGACAAAGAGAUUGAAGUGUUGAAUAAACACUUAUUUUUGACUUCAAAACCAAUGGUCUACUUGGUUAAUCUUUCUGAAAAAGACUACAUUAGAAAGAAAAACAAAUGGUUGAUAAAAAUUAAAGAGUGGGUGGACAAGUAUGACCCAGGUGCUUUGGUCAUUCCUUUUAGUGGGGCCUUGGAACUCAAGUUGCAAGAAUUGAGUGCUGAGGAGAGACAGAAGUAUCUGGAAGCGAACAUGACACAAAGUGCUUUGCCAAAGAUCAUUAAGGCUGGGUUUGCAGCACUCCAACUAGAAUACUUUUUCACUGCAGGCCCAGAUGAAGUGCGUGCAUGGACCAUCAGGAAAGGGACUAAGGCUCCUCAGGCUGCAGGAAAGAUUCACACAGAUUUUGAAAAGGGAUUCAUUAUGGCUGAAGUAAUGAAAUACGAAGAUUUUAAAGAGGAAGGUUCUGAAAAUGCAGUCAAGGCUGCUGGAAAGUACAGACAACAAGGCAGAAAUUAUAUUGUUGAAGAUGGAGAUAUUAUCUUCUUCAAAUUUAACACACCUCAACAACCGAAGAAGAAAUAAAAUUUAGUUAUUGCUCAGAUAAACAUACAACUUCCAAAAGGCAUCUGAUUUUUAAAAAAUUAAAAUUUCUGAAAACCAAUGCGACAAAUAAAGUUGGGGAGAUGGGAAUCUUUGACAAAUUAUUUUUAUUUGUUUUAAAAUUAAAAUACUGUGUACCCCCCCCCCGCCAUGAAAUGCAAGUUCACUAAAUGUGAACAGCUUUGCUUUUCACGUGAUUAAGACCCUACUCCAAAUUGUAGAAGCUUUUCAGGAACCAUAUUACUCUCAUGAUACUUCAUUAAUCUCCAUCAUGUAUGCCAAGCCUGACACAUUUGACAGUGAGGACAAUGUGGCUUGCUCCUUUUUGAAUCUACAGAUAAUGCAUGUUUUACAGUACUCCAGAUGUCUACACUCAAUAAAACAUUUGACAAAACCA